GAGAUCGACCGGUUCGCUGUGUAUAGUGCUGUGAAGACGAUCGUUACAAUGGCGACGGGAAUAAAAAUCGAUGCGGCAGUGAUGCCAUCUUUUACAGUUGGUUCUGAUCCUAGGAAUAAUUGGGAGAAAUGGAAAAGAGCAUUUGAAAGAUUUGUUUCGGCUAAUAGUAUUGUCGGUGAUGUAGAAAAGUAUAACCUGCUCUUGGUGAUCGGGGGCAUUGAAUUACAGUCCCACUAUGACAAAAUCGAAAAGAUGCAAGUAUGUAUUCCAAUUCGACCAGAUAGUAAUGACUUACAAGUUCUGCAAUAUGAAUCAGCUAUUCUGGCGUUCGAUAACCAUUUCGCACCACAACUGAAUAAGCGAUUUGAAAGACAUCAGUUUCGGGCAUUGAAACAAGAGCAUUCCGAGAAUUUCGAAAACUUCAUUUUCCGAUUGAAAGAGCAAGGAAACCGUUGUCAGUUUGUUGACUUGGACGACAUGAUUAUCGAUCAAGUUAUCGAGGGUUGUUACUCUACCGAUCUGAGAAAGAAGCUAUUGACUGAAGAAAAAAGUUUGUUGGAAGUUCUUCAGUUGGGAAAAACUAUGGAAGAGGUUCACAAACAUGCAAAAGAAUACGACAAGGCAUCGUCGUUGACAUCCGUACAAUCAUUAGUACAAAACGUUACGGAGAAACAGCGAUAUCAAAGAACCUCUUAUCAGGGCAACAGGAAAUGCUACAAUUGUAAUCGACCAGGGCAUAUCGCGAAGGAAAUACACAAAUGUCCUGCCAAGAAUGUAACAUGUUUCAAUUGUGGAAUGCGAGGACAUUUUAAAGCAAGCUGUAGGAAACGAAAGGUGGAGGAACCUCAGACGUCACAGAAACAGAAUAAAAAGGUUUGUGCGCUGGUUGAUGCUACACCACAAUCUGCCGGGAUAUUUUUCGUUAACGAUGGAGAGCCAUCCGAAAUUCUUCUUUUUGAUGUUGGGGGUUUGCUGUUAGAGAUGGUAGUGGAUUCAGGAUCACCGGCAAAUAUAAUUCGAGAGUCUACCUAUCAAAAGCUCAAGGCGGCUGGUGCUAACAUUAUGGGCGAAAGAAAUGGCGGGGAUCUACAAGUGCGGUUAGAGUCCUUCGCCUCCGAUAGCAAAAUAUUGUUUUCGUGCGCGUUUGAGGCAGAAAUAAAAACACCCGGCGCAGAUAAUGGAGUGUGGACACAUUUUCUGGUUGCACCGAAGGGCCAAACGGAUUUGCUGAGCAAAGCAACGGCAUUCGCACUUGGUGUCCUCAAAAUAGGAUACAGCGUGAACCAAAUUACCGGUAUACGAAAUUCAACUAUAUCGAUUUCGGAAUUUCCAAAGAUACCGAAUGUUGCUUUGAAGAUCCAAGUGGAUGAACACAUCAAACCGAUUGUGCAGGCUGCAAGACGCUUACCUAUAUCAAUGGAAGCUGACGUUGAAGAGGUCAUACAGGACUUAAUCGAUAAAAAGAUUAUCGAACGUGCUGAAGCCCCGUUCACGUGGAUAUCGCCACUUGUACCUGUUAGAAAAAGUGAUGGAAAGAUAAGACUCUGUGUUGACAUGCGGGCUGCCAAUCAGGCGGUCAUUCGAGAGAACUAUCCCAUGCCCAACAUUGAUACCGCCAUAGCUGGAAUUCGCAAGGUUGCCAAACUAUCGAAAAUAGAUCUUGAGUCAGCGUAUUACCAUAUCGAGUUAGAGUCGGAGAGUAGGAAAAUUACCACAUUUGUAUCAAGAAGUGGAGUAUAUCGUUUUCGCAGGCUGAUGUUCGGCAUUAAGUCUGCUCCCGAACUAUUUCAGCGGGAAAUGGAGAAUUUGUUUCGAGGUAUCAAAGGGUUGAUUGUGUUUAUGGACGAUCUACUAAUUUUUGCUAGUACCGAAGAAGAGCAUGAUGAGAUACUGGCGGAAGUAUUACGUCGGAUUAAGUCGGUUAACAUGAAGAUUAACGAUAAAAAAUCAGUUUUUGGCGUUACGGAACUUGAAUUUCUCGGUCAUAUAGUAUCUGUUGAUGGGAUUAGACCAACUCAAGAUAAAAUUCAAGCAAUUUUGGAUUUGCGGCCGCCUACAAAUUUAACAGAGUUGAAAUCUCUGCUAGGUAUGAUAAAUUUUGUUGGGAAAUUCAUUCCGAACUUGGCAACAAAAACAUCUGAAAUGCGUAAUUUGCUGACGAAGGAAUCGACAUUUGUAUGGAACAAACAUCAUUCAAACGAACUACAGCAAAUUAAAUCAGUUUUGGAUGCUAGUCCCGUAGGAGUUGGCGCCAUUUUAAUUCAAAUUGAAAAUGGAGUAUCUCGUGCCAUCUACUGUGUGUCUAAAAGCUCAGCCAGUCACGAGAGGAAAUACUGUCAGACCGAGAGGGAAUGUUAUGCGAUUGUGUGGGCUAUGGAAAAAUUUUACAUUUAUCUAUACGGUCGACAUUUUUCCCUAAUAACGGACUGCAAGCCCUUGCAGUAUCUGUUCAACCAGCCCAAUCGAAACCGUCAGCAAGAAUCGAGCGAUGGAUUUUGCGCCUACAAGCAUUUGAUUUCGAAGUCAAAUACGAGCCAGGAGAUAAAAUUUGGCUGA